UUGCAAGUUGCGACUCUUGGGCGGGCGCCUCCACCGACUGCUCCGGCUUCUCGCAGCUUCUCUCUUUCACUUGCUCCGAUUUGGAUUUUGAUUGAAUUUGAUUGUGUGGUAAAUGUUGGAUUCAAUUCGGCUCGACUCACGUCCAAGUUUAUAAGGUAAUCCGCCCGGCUCAACCCACCCGAUCCGCAAAGUCACGAAGCGGUGCGUUUCGAUGCUGAAGCUUUUCCUUUUUUAUUUCUGAGAAAUUGGAAACAAAUUGAGAUCCUCUCCACUUUGAAACUAGUAUAUAGAUUUACGAAUUUGCACAGAUCCGCCAUUCAUCGUCUCUCAUAAACGUCGCCGUUUCGCCAAGGGAAUUUAGAGGCUAAUACUUUCAUGGAAGGAGUGGCAAGUGAUGCAGGCUCAGCAGUGGCGCCUCUUGCCAAGUGGAGGGAUGAGUUUGCUAGGACGUUUCAGUACUAUUUGGACCGUUCGACUCCUAAUCCGGUCCAUAGGUGGCUGGGAACACUUGCUGUGGCUGCGAUUUAUGUGUUGCGAGUUUACUUGGUUCAGGGGUUUUACAUUGUGUCAUACGGCCUGGGAAUUUAUAUCUUGAAUCUGUUGAUUGGGUUUCUCUCGCCAAAGGUUGAUCCGGAGCUUGAGGCCUUGGAUGGGGCUGCAUUGCCAACGAGAGGCUCAGAUGAGUUUAAACCAUUCAUCCGCCGCCUUCCUGAGUUCAAGUUCUGGUAUUCCAUUACAAAGGCUUUCUGUGUCGCCUUUCUGAUGACCUUCUUUUCUGUAUUUGAUGUCCCUGUUUUCUGGCCCAUACUCCUCUGUUAUUGGAUUGUUCUUUUUGUCCUUACAAUGAAGCGCCAAAUCAUGCACAUGAUCAAGUACAAGUAUGUUCCAUUCAGCAUUGGAAAGCAGAGGUAUGUAGGGAAGCCUGCUGCAAGUAGUAGUGGCUCCGUGGACUGAAAGUUAGGAAAACAGAACGGGAAGAAGUGUGUGCAGUGUUCAAAUGUUUAUAGUUAUUCUAAACACCUUCCUUGUCAACUCUUGCAAAGUUAUAGAUAUGUCGAUUUUGCAUGCUAUUAGGAUACAACUGCUAAAACUUGCAUAACUUGAGAUCCUCGCCUCUUUUUAAUCUGAUUUUUCUUGAUAUUGUCCUGUAAUUACCGUUCUCUUUCUGCGUUACUUCUGAAUGUUGAGGACAUCUUACUGCCUAUUUGCGCA